UGGAGCCUUGGUGCGGCCCUCCUCUAGGUCAGAUCGCUCGCCGCCACUGUCAAGGCCACGCGCUCUCCCCGGGUUGUCUGUUACUGCGCCGGUGUGGAUUCUUGGUCGUCCGUUAUAAGAAGAAAGAUUAACUAGAAUAGUGAACUUGGUUUCUGAACAGAGUGCUACAGUGCCCCCAUCUGAGUGAAAUAUGUAAUACUAAUCCACUCUGUAUUUUGCACUGAGCAGUGAAUACAGCAGAAAUGGGGCUGUUAAAACAAUUAGUGAUCACUGUGCUGGUGAUUGGCGUGUCGUCCACCACCACCGAGCAGCCUCCUGAAACCACCGUCAGUUCAACUCUUACACCAACUCCUUCCUCCAGUUCUCCAUUGACAUCAUCCUCAACCAUCGAGCCUCCUGCCGAAGUCGAGGAGCCGAAUGAGGUCCCUGUGCUACCGAGUGCGUCGAUUAGGCAAAUGGAAAUUCCAGCUGUGGUUGAAGAGGUCCCUUCUAACUGGUCAGAUGACCAUUCCACGCCCGAGGACGACAGUUCAGAAGCAGACGUGUAUGACGAAGAAUAUGUAGAUGAUCAUGACUAUACUGAAUACCCUGGAUAUUAUUAUAAUGAAGAAUAUGUCUACGAGGACUACGAGACGUAUAAUGGCAACGACACUGAGCUUCCCACGGAGGAGGAUUUCCAAAAAAAUGUUCCUGGAUCCCUUCACGAUGACAAGGACGUCAUCAUCAGUAGAGAUAAUGUGAUACCUAUAAUAAAGACAUUAAUUCUAGCAUGUACUGGCAAGCAGAAUCCCACUUACCCUGAGUUGCUGAAGGCCGGAGGCAUGACAGCUUUUAAGACGAGUCUCAAGCACCUCGGAGACGAAAAGCUGGGAGUCAACCUCCUCACGUUAGCGAAGAAACUCACAUCAGUAUUAGACAGUGACGAAAGCGAGAAAGACGCAGAGGAAGAUUUCUUGAGCGAAAUGGCUCAAGAAUUUCUUGGAUCUCAUCGCUUCAAGUUAGUACUUCCGGAGAGUAUUCUGCUGCAUGAAAAAGAGCUCAAGGAACUGCUGACCAAGCGCAUGGAGGAAUCCGAAGUGGAAGGGCGCUCAGCCUCCACAGAGGAGAGUCAGCUGACGAUCUUCAUGCCUCGUUCGGACCCUGGAGUCACCACUUUGUUCUCCUUCAGUCCUGCCUGGGUUGCGCUUUUCACGGGCCUGCUGUCUCUCCCCUACUUCUUGUCCGAGGAUUCGCCAGCUCCCGUGGCCCGCGCUGACCGGCCGCGCCAUCCCUUCCGUCAGCUGCGUCCUCCCAGCUUGCCUCCUACCCUCCAACACCAGCGAAGGGAUCUAACUGACGGUCCGCCACAAAAUCAGCCAUUAGAUGAAGAAUUCUUGGAUUACAAGAAAAAAUACGCUCAGUGGUACCACCAGUGGUAUCUGAAGCACAAAGAAUACUACGAUAAAAACUAUCCAUUUAAUCCACAAGGUCUAGCUCAAGUCGGUCCUCCACCAGUUGGCCCGGCGGGGCAUCCACCUGUUAGGCCUGCAAAACCCAGAGGAGCCCCUAGGGUCCCCCCCACCCCUCGUCGGAAGCCUAAACCUCCUCCACAGAGACGUCGCAAGCCAGCUGUACAGAACGCGCCGCCACAAAGAGGGCCUCCAAAACGCCGUAGGGUUCGUCCAGGACGCCUGCCCCCUCAGCGCGUGCCUCCCCCCGCCCGUCCUCAAGUAGAAGUACCUCGUGAUACUGACUCUAGCCCAGUCAACGCUGUUACAAAGACCCAUCCGAAUACAUUUGGGACAUUCCAGAGCGAAAAUAACCACGGAGACUCUCACUUCCGGGUGUUUCACGGCCAAGAAGUCCCUAUCCCAGCAAGUGUGCCAGUACCAGUGCCAGUGCCCUCAAAGGUUCCCAGCCCACAACCCGUGUACAUUCCGACAACAAAUGCUCCCCCAACCACGGAAACUGGUUUUAAGCCCAUCAUCAAGCCAGACGCUCCAGUGUCAGGCGACACGCCUCUAGUGCGGACUCAGACAGUUAGCGAGUCAGUCCUUGUACCUAAACAGGUGAAACCAAACUUCAGGCCCCAGAAACAGGAUGACUUGUUAGUGAAGGACAAACCGACCCCUGUGCCUAAGAGGAAGCCAGCAACAGUGCCGGAGCUCGCCCCCGGUGGCUUCAAGCCCAUUCCUUGGCUGGCAAGCGUGUCACCCGAGACCACUACACGCAAGGUGUCAAGCGUCACCUCCAGCAUAUUCAAAACAACGCCUGAAAAUAUUCCGACGGAACCCACCACCCCUCGACCGGCAGUCUUCGUGAGGACGGAGAAGAGCGUGAGGGUGGUGACGUCAUCAUCCGUUGUCGCUCCCCAAGCCCACCAGGCUCCUGUGAAACAGGCGCCGAAAAAACAGAGCCGUCAUCAGGAAUCCCAAUCAUUUCCUCACAGUUUGCAAGUGACUGCGAGCUUGCAGGCAGAGGAGAGCAAACCGACUGCUAUCAUAGAGGCCGUGCCUGUGGGACCACAAUUCUUGAGGAGCCACCAGCCGGCACCCGCUGCCGCCCCUGGACCUAAUGUUCUCAGCCGGGGCAGCAUCAGAACCAACGUUCCCACUAAUAUAAGGGUGGUGGACCACCGUCGGCCCCAGGGCUUCGGACUUGGACCUAAACCAAGCGAAGUGACCGUGCCAUCAACCACCACUACCACUACUACUACCACCGCCAGUACCACUCAAGCUCCCUCCUUCACAUCCACCACCGUUCCAGUCUUUGCUUUGGAUCCCUUCUACGGAUCUAGGCUCUCCCGCAUCGACGUCAUCUUCCACCAGCUCAAAGUUGAGGGAGAAGGGUGCAGGGAGCAGGUGGUGUGCAACAUCUACAAGAACCCAGAAGCCUUCACACCUUUCAGUGACUUCCUUUCCCGCCAACUGACAGUAACUCUGGAUGAGCUGAGAAGGCCUAAGGUGUCUGAUGAGAGAAUUCUGCGGUUCUUCCGCUACCUAAAGGCAGCAAGAGAUGGCCAGGACGGGGGCAACUGUCUUGUCCUGUACUCAGAUUGUGCCCAGGACACCAACACGCUCUCCCACCAGCCCAUCCUAAACACUUACCAGAAAGUGUCUCGCCUUAUGGAUGUCUCCUCCAGCUAGAGGUCCGCAUCUCUGACCCUCGAUGUGAACUCGGCUAGUGUGCUAGAGACAUUGAAAAGAAAAAAAAUUGUUCCGACGGGGGUAUAUUCCCACGAUUUUGAGUAACAGAGACAAAGAACGCAGCCACUGACCAGUUUGUCAGAGGCAACAAACAAAAAGGCAUUUUUUGAAAACAUUUCUUAUCAACUCCCGAGUGGGAGAAGAAAAUGUAAACUUGGUGAAAAGUUUCCCCCUCAUCGCUUCAUUGUGUAAGAAAUGUACACGUAGUCUGUUGUCUUCUAUUUAGGUGAUGAGGGAAGACUUCUCUAAAAAUAGUGGACGUUUCUCUUAAAAUAGUGGACGUAUUAGGUGAAGAGAAAAUUGGAUCACCCAGUCAGUAAGGGCCGCCAGUUCAAUGACUCCAGAAGGUCAAAACGACUACCAGUUUUUUGUUCCGUUGACCCAGAGAGGCGCAGCUGAUCUUGGGAUGCUACCUGGCUCUCCCAUUUAGCUCCUCACAUCUGGCAAGUCUUGCUGAUUAUUUUCAGUCUCAUUUCAUCCCCUAUCAUGAUUCCCGGCAUUAAUUAAUACUCAAGCUUGUGACGUACGGUCCAGUGCACAGUUUGAACUAGAAAAUGUAUCUUCUAGAGUAGCGAAAUGUGAAUCUUAUCUUAGGACUGAAAAGAGAGGAAGGGUACAAGGACUGUCACCUCCGUAAUGAACAACAUCACAAAAUUAUCAUCGCACACAGACGCUCACAUAUACAAGCUGCGGUUAUACUUAUUCCUUGUAUCAGGCGCCAGUAUAGAUAGCCUUGUGUGUGACAUGUGUUGUGUUGCUACGCUCACGUUCCAAAGUCUUGGCAUCUUUUAGAGGACAAAGUGUGACUACUUAUAGACAUUUAGUAUUUUCUUCCUCACCCUGUCACCUCCAUUUGGGGCAGCUGACCUGGCACGUUGGUCUUCGGUGCAUGUUGCCAAAUCUGCUCAGUGUUGCUUGCUCCAUGUUUACCUGCUUUCUCUAGCACGUCCUCCCCCUCCACACACACACACACACACACACACACACACACACACACACACACACACACACACACACACACACACACAUACAUACAUACAUAUACAUCACCGUCGCAUCACAAGGCCAGACAUGACCUUGAUAACUCAGGUUUUUCUCUCUCUGUGUUUCGUGUUACUCUUGCGACGCCAGCAACCGUGUCUCACUCCCUUCCUAGUUCUAGAAGUCUUCGCUCUCAUACUUUGAUCACCUUAUUUAUCGUCUAAGUUAUUUAUAUAUUUAUUAAUUUACUUAUGUCUAAUUUAAGUGAGAAGGAAGAAGGUUAAUCGUGUUCUGUGGUUACAAAACACAAGGAAGUGAAUUCAUGGAUCAGAGUUUCAUACAAUAUUCAAUAAAGUUACGAGUGUGUGAA